GAGAAAGUAGGGUUUAGGCACCUUCUCACACCUCACACAAAGCCAGAGAACCAGCAGCCGCAGCAAGGCCGCAGCUUCAACUUUCUCAGAAAAAUGGCUAGAGGAUUGAAGAAACACUUGAAGAGGCUCAAUGCCCCCAAGCAUUGGAUGCUUGACAAGCUCGGUGGUGCAUUCGCACCCAAGCCAUCAUCUGGACCCCACAAGUCCAGGGAAUGCUUGCCAUUGAUCCUCAUCCUGCGAAACAGGUUGAAGUAUGCUUUGACAUACCGUGAAGUUAUUGCUAUCCUCAUGCAACGACAUGUUCUUGUUGAUGGCAAGGUUAGGACAGAUAAGACCUACCCUGCUGGAUUCAUGGAUGUAGUGUCUAUUCCCAAGACAAAUGAGAACUUCCGACUCCUUUAUGACACCAAGGGUCGCUUUCGUCUUCACUCCCUCAGGGAUGAUGAGGCUAAAUUCAAGCUUUGCAAAGUCAAAUCUGUUCAAUUUGGACAGAAAGGUAUCCCAUACCUUAAUACCUAUGAUGGACGUACCAUCCGCUACCCUGACCCAAUCAUCAAGGCUAACGACACCAUCAAGCUUGACCUAGAGACCCAAAAGAUCACAGACUUUAUCAAGUUUGAUGUUGGGAAUGUUGUCAUGGUUACUGGAGGAAGGAACAGAGGUCGUGUUGGUGUAAUCAAGAACAGGGAGAAGCAUAAGGGCAGCUUUGAGACCAUCCAUGUUCAAGAUGCCACCGGUCAUGAGUUUGCAACUCGUCUUGGCAAUGUGUUUACCAUAGGUAAGGGAACAAAGCCAUGGGUAUCGCUUCCCAAGGGCAAGGGUAUCAAGUUGUCUAUCAUUGAGGAGGCUAGGAAGAGGCAGGCUGCCCAAACUGCUGCUUAAGUUCUAUGAUACAAUUUUCUGCUCUAGUUAUUACCAUUUGAUGAGUGCUGGCUGCUACUGUUUUCUUUAGUCAAGGUAGGAUUGAAGCUAAAAAAAUGGAUCUUUGUUUUUAUUUAUCAGCACAAUUUUGAACUGUUGUUUAUUUACAUUAGUUACUGUUUGGUGGAUAUUAUUUUCGUAUGACUUAAUCUUUUAUCUAA